AUGAGUUCUACGAAUUCGGAACCGAAAUCAAUUCUAAAAUCCUCUAAAUUAAAAGAGCGGAAAGAACAAGAGCAACGUGAACUAACAAAACGACUGCUUUCUGAGGCAAAAAGUCGCAUCGAAUUUGAUAAUCUCGUGUUGGAAUGGAUUGAACGACUAAUGGACCCUGUAUCUGAGGAAAUUUUAAAGGAAUCGCAGAAUUUCUUACGAAAAACGGACUAUAACGAGGUUGUGAAAGAACGUCAUCUGGUGAAAUUAUGUGGUUAUCCUACCUGCAGUAACAGUCCAAAAAAACAGACUCGAUAUCGAAUCGAAGGAAACAAAAUGCUCCGGUAUGGUGGUUUAAACUAUUACUGCAGCAAGGACUGUUUUCUUGCUAGUUGUUCGUUCAUGCUUCAACUUAGUGAAGAACCUUUGUGGAUUCGUGAACGUGCUCGUGAACUGAUGCAGAUGCGUAAAAACAACAAAGGCUUGUCAGAUGAAGAAUUGUUCCGUAAAAUGGAGGACGAGAAGCUGGAACAUGUUCGAUCUUUGCUUGAAGAAUUACCGCUUGGUUCCAAAAGUGUGGUUGGUGAAGUCGUUGAACACCCUCCUCAUAGCGACAACUAA